GCACAAUUUGAAUUCGCGCUUGCGCGGAUAAUUUGAAAUAGUUUUGGGAGAGAACAAGGGGCUUAGGUGUCAUGGUGAGCGGCGAGCACUAGUGAGGAGCAUCGGAGCGCGGCCAUGGACGUCCAGAGCUGUGUGCAAAUGUUUGAAGCGCACAUCCAGGGAUACAAUGGAAAUGAUCCACUGGAACUAUGGGACAGAUAUUUACUUUGGGCUGAAGAAACUCUUCCUCCAGAGGAGAAAAGGAACAUUUUAUGUUUGUUGGAACGUCUAGUUCGAAGCUUCAUAGGAGACAAGAGAUACUGCAAUGAUGAGCGAUAUCUGAAAUACUGCCUGCGAUUUGCUGAAAUGAUCGAUGAGCCUACGCAGUUCUUCGAGUACCUGUACAGCCAAGGCAUAGGUAACAACUCUGCUGUCCUGCAUGUUAUCUGGGCUCAGCAGCUGGAAGCUAAGGGUGACCUUCACAGUGCGAGUCUACUCUUCAAUAAAGCUUUUGAAAAUAAGGCAGAACCAAAGGAUCUCUUGGAUCACCACUACAGAGCGUUUCAGAUGAGGGUUUCUCAAAAUCAUCGACAUGACCAAGGUAACUCUGUGCAGCCUCUAAGGGAUUCCAGGAUUGUAAAUCAGAUGGCGCCAGCAUCAGAAGUUGACCCCUUGUCACUUAGCAAAUGUCAGGUCUCUGCAGGUUUUCAGAAUCCAGCUGUAAAAGAAUGUGAAGUGCCCGUUAGUAGAGAGGAGUCCAAUGUGAACAAAUAUGUAACUAUUUCCAAGUCCGCUGUGGUACCUCAGCCUGCUGGAUCUUCAAAUGCAGAAAUGAAACAAGUUCCAAUGUACUGUAAGGACAAACUUGUCUGUGGGGAUUCUGAGAUGUCACUUGAAGAGUAUAGGGCAAUCGUCUACAGAAAGAAACAGGAGCAGCGGAAAAAGAUGCAACAGAGAGAGGAAGAAGAGAAGAAAUACAUGAAGGAUAAAGAAGAAGCAGCUCUCCAUGAACAUAUGCUAAAACAGAAGAUGGAACAACUAAGCAACCUGCUAAAUGUACAUGUACCCACAAGUCAGGGCUGUCCAGAACAGAGUACAACUAUGCUGCCUGCUCCACAUCCUAAUAUGAUGGCACCUUUGGGAUUAGGUGCUCCAAUUCUUCCAGCUCAAGCCGUUUCAAGUUUUUAUCAAGCUCCCAUGUCUGCGACAGUCAAUGAGUUGGCUGCUUCUUCACAAACCUCACCAUAUCUUGGAAUUACCUUGAGCAGUGGUCAAACCAACACUGCUCCUGUUGGACACCAGCUAUCAAUGCUUUCUGCUCCAUGUCAUGUCAUGCCUCAAAGACCUGAUCCAGUAUCCCAGCAGACUACGUAUGUAGCAUUGGCUGACAGCACGUUUACGAAGAAAGCCGCACUCCUUGAGAGGUCAGCUUCUACCAUUUAUGAGGCACCUAAACCUUUGGGUCCUAAUUCCAGUGCCCUAAUGGGAAAAUUGCACCCCGUGGUAAGAGAAGCUACUGUGAUGGGAAACUCAUCUGGUAUAGCCAAUACAUCACAUGUUACUCCUAAUACAUCACUAGGAUUUGUGCAAGCAACACCAUCCAAAGUUCUUCCGUCACCCACAGUCAACACAAAGGAAGCACUAGGUUUCAUAAUGGACAUUUUCCAGACAUCUACUCUCCCCGAAGAUGAAGAGGAUGACCAUAUGUUUGAAGCUGCUGAUCCAAGCAAGCUCGAUAUUGAGUCUUUGUGUCGAAAUGACAACAAACCAGACCCUGCUGGAAGUAGUUUCCUAGGUUUGCACAAUGCUGCCCCUUCAUUGCCUUCUGCUUUUUGCAUCUUUGAAGAUGACACGGCGAAAGUGAACGAUGCUACACAAGUGAAACCCGUGGAAGUGAGAACUUUUGGAGAGCGUCCUGUACUGAAGCCUGCUCUAAAGAAUGAGGAGGUUAGGACCACGGAAUCGCUGGUAGACGAUUGCACCGUGUGGGCUACACGUUGCAACAAAACAUUGGCCCCUAGCCCAAACAGCACAGGAGACUUUGCACUUGCAGCUCAACUUGCAUCGACACCUGCCUGUAGCAAGCUGCCUGAGCAAACAAGGCAGAUCCUGGAAGACAAAGAAAAUGCAGUGAUCAUGGAUGAUGGCUGUCACAUGGUUUUUGAUUAUUCUGAGGAUAAAAAUGUACAGGCAUCCAAAAUAAGGAAACUAAGCCCAAUUCAGGAACUCAGUCCUGAACAGUCUAAGAUUGCAGUCAGCAUCCCAUCACCUUCCUCCUGUACUAUGGUCCCUCUGAGUGAUCCACAGGUCGCUGUAGGGGCAGAUAUGGUUGAGUGUACAGAGAAGCGCCUGGCAGCAUGUAAGCUCUCAGAUACCUUACAGUGCAGUACAGUAAACCUGGAAGACCCUUGGGGCAUAACGACGAAACCAUUCAUUGUACGUGCUGAUGAAGAAGAGCUUGAGCCUGAGCCAUCCAUUCAAACACAAGAGCAAGCCAUUGUUGAGAACGCCUGGGAUGAUAACCUGAUCACCCAUUUAUUGUCUCAGUUACCAACACCUCUUGACUCCAUGAACAGUUACCACAAUUGGCAUACAAGUGUCCCAUCUUUUAAAUUAAAAACAAACGUAAAAUUAGGUCCACAAAUAUUUAAUAUUGACUAUUUAAUUGGAGAAGGCGCUUUUGCACACGUCUAUCAAGCAUCCAUAUGUGAUAUCCACACGCAGUACAACCAGAACGUCAUUCUGAAGGUUCAGAAGCCGGCAAAGCCCUGGGAGUUCUACAUUGGAACCCAGAUCACACAACGAAUGAAGCCCGAGUUGAGGCAUCUCUAUAUCCGUUUCCAUUCUGCACACAUAUUCCAGAAUGGGAGUGUGCUAGAGGGAGAUCUGUACAGUCAUGGGUCAUUACUGAAUGCAAUCAAUUUGUACAAGAAGUUGCCUGAGAAAGUGAUGCCAGUGCCACUAGUCAUGUAUUUUGCUAUCAACAUCCUAUACAUGGUUGAACAACUCCACAACAUCGGUAUCAUCCACGGUGACAUUAAACCUGACAACUUUGCACUGGGAGAAAAGUUUAUGGAUAACAAAUCUUGUAAUCUGGACCUUUUAUCCCACGGACUUGCACUAAUUGAUCUGGGGCAGAGUAUAGAUAUGACUCUCUUCCCCAAGGGAACAGUAUUCACCGGAAAGUGUGAGACCUCAGGAUUCCAGUGCAUUGAAAUGCUCUCCAAUAAGCCGUGGAAUUAUCAAACGGACUUCUUUGGAAUAGCUGGAACUGUUUAUUGCAUGCUGUUUGGCAACUACAUGAAAGUUCGUGAAGAAAAGGGAGCAUGGAAGACAGAUGGCAGUUUUAAACGAUUUCCGAAUGGAGACUUGUGGUUAGACUUUUUCCAUACAUUGCUGAAUAUCCCUGAUUGUAACAGCCCAUCUCCACUCAAACAUUUGCGUGAAAAACUGACUCGAACAUUCCAAGUAAUGUACACGCAAAAGAUAAAAUCUCUGCGCAACAGACUUGUCAUCUUGCUUCUAGAAAACAAGCCUUCACGGAAGUAAUCUUAACAGGACUUUUUCCAAAAGCUUUUUUUUUAUGUGAUGGACAUUUCUUACCCACUUCUGUUCUUUUACGGUAUUAAACAGAUGUGCUUUAAGAUGGCACUGCAUAAGCUUGCACUCGGAUUUUAGAGUAUCAUUGUAUCAUCAGGCACAGGUAAUGCGCUCACCGCUACUCUCCUGUGAAAGGUUUUUGGGCUUGUGCAUGCAGGUGCCGAAAAAAAUUCAAAUGGAACAAUCUAAAAAUUCAUUUCCAGAUGUUUUCAACACUGUAGAUGGUGAAAAACCAUUGUCUGUAAUUAUUGUGAUAUAUGCCGCUGCACAAAGUGCAAAGUUCUGCGUAUGCAUCUCAGUAUCGGUCAAUAUUCACAAAAAUCGUGUCUAGAAUGUGUCAUAACAGAUGAGAAGCCAUGGCCCAGCUCCCACGCUAGCUUUCCUUGUCCUCAUUUAUGGCAGGUUAGGGUCCAUUCAUACGUCCAUAUGUGUUUUGCGGAUCCGCAAAACACGGACACCGGCAAUGUGCGUUCCGCAUUUUGCGGACCGCACAUCGCCGACACUCUUAUAGAAAAU